UGUCUUGAGAAUGCUUCAGAAGAAGAUAUAGCAGAGCUAAAAUCUGAAAUCUCCAGUCUAAAAAGUCAGCUAUAUCAAGCUAAGAAAGAUGUGCGAGAUAAGAAACAAUAUAUUUCUACCUUAGAAGAGCGAUUG